AGAUAGAUUAGUUUUUAUCUAGAAAUAAUGAAUUGUAAGCGCCAAAAUCUAAAGCAUCCUAAUAAUAAUGAUAGGAUUGAUUCCUCUUCUUAUUUAUAAAGAAAGAAAUUGACCAUUCUACUUUCCAGUUCUCUCUAUCUACUGUGUGGUUUAAGCAGAUCGGCAAAAGCUUGAAGAUGAACGACCAAAUUAGCAGUGCUGGGCUUGAACUAGCAAAUGUGCUGGUGACUUCUCCUCUCCUGCACCAGUCAUGGAACGCGGUUCUUGAUCAGAAGCAAAAGCUACCCCCAGCAGCUGAUCCGAACCAAAAAAUGGCCUUAGACAUUAGUGAAACCAAGCACUCAAACAUCACCAUCAUAUCUUUUCUUGCUUCACCUGUCACGCUUCAAAAUCGACAAGUGAUCAUUUCGUUGACUCCCAAGGACACAUAUUUUCCGCUCUUCGAGUUUUUGUGUAACAAAAACACCCCAAGUUUCACCGUCAAUGAAUUGGCAAUCACCUUAUUCGCCUUGAAUCACAACCGCCUCGUUCGUCUGCGAACAAGGCUGGUAGAAAGCAGCAAACCCGACUCAUUGAUACUUAUCACCGGGCAUUCAUUUGGAGGCUCUGUGGCUACCCUUUUCACCUUAUGGCUGCUACAAAGCCUCGACUUGUCGAAAGCGAAACGCCCCCUUUGCAUCACUUUCGGUUCACCCUUGAUCGGUGACGAACAACUCCGACAAUGUGUGUUGGAAUUCUCAACAUGGAGUUCUUGCUUCUUGAAUAUAGCCUCCAUCAAUGAUCCUGUACCUAAAGUCUUCCUAACUUCGCAACCGAGUGGUUAUAAGCCUUUCGGAACAUUCCUACUGUGCUCCUCUUCGGGUGGUUCUUGCUUUGAGGACCCUGAUGCCAUUUUGCAACUAUUGGUGGAAACCAGCUCUCAGAGUGCUCAAAUUCAAGGUUUUGAUUACGGACAGAUUUUAAAUGAUCUCAAGAUUAAGGCAUUUUCUAGAGAUAUCUUUGAGUUGGUUGAAGAGGAUAGAGUUCCACUUAAAGCUGGAAUCAAAACACAGUUGGCAGCAAUAUUAGGAGUUCUCAGCUCACAGUCAUUGCAGCAGCAACAACCCAACAUAGAAUUCGAAAGUCUGAUAAAAAAGAUGGUCAGUCACGAACGUAAACUAGUGAUCCAGAAGACGAAGGUUUACAGUUCUUUCUUGAAAUUGAAUGAGGCUAAAAAGGACAUGGCCAACAUGGAAUGGUACAAGAAGCAUUCCAAGCACAAGGGAAUUGGAUACUAUGACGGGUACAGAAACAAGCGUUUCUGGACAGACAUAAUUGCCGAAGAAGGCAAGAAAAAGCUCUCGAAUUUCUGGUUCAGCAUGGUUGCAGAAAUUGAGAGCAAGCCCCAGAAAGAAGAAGCCGCAAUGCGUAUCCAUUUUCUUUCUGCUGGAACGAAUUACAGAAGGAUGAUCGAACCGCUUCACAUUGCAGAGUACUACAAGGAAGGCGGAAAAGAUUACAAAAAGGAAAGGCCUCGACAUUUCGUUCUUUUGGAGCAAUGGUUCAAUGAAGAGGAGAAAAAGGAGGAGGAAAAGAAAGAGAGGGAAGAGAGGGAGGACCUGCAACUGCGCAGUGCAAGCAAGUCCAACUCAAAAGCGAAGAGUGUGGCUUCUAGUCUGAAUGAUGAUUCUUGUUUUUGGGCGCACGUCGAGGAAGCGCUUAUCUGGUGCAACGAACAAGCGAUUAAUCCAGACGCCAAGCCAAUGCCCGAAUUUGAGCUUUACGUUCUGAAUGCGCUCCAUAAUUUCGCAGUGUCACCUGAUAUUUUCUUGGCGCAGAGCAGCUUCAUGCGAUGGUGGAACAAGUAUAAAAAGAUUGUGGGAAGUAGCUACUCCUCAGAACUCACAGAUGUCAUGAGGCGUCGCACUUAUCUCAAUUAUGCGGAUGGGGUCUCGGUUCUUGCUGGUCUUAAGCCAAGAUAAUUAAGUUUUAAGCAAGCAAUUAAAUCAGAUAAAGCAAGAUUAGUUUUGCUGUAUCGCUCAUGAUCUUCACAGAGAGACGGGCGGUACUCGCAGGACUUCUUGGUGCUACUACGUCUGAAUGUUUUUGUUUGUGGUUUCUUUUUGAGUGGGGGUUUUGUUUCCAUUAUAAUGUUUGUAAUUUCCACUUCGUAAAAGCAAUGACACUUGUUUUUUGUUACACCAAAAGUGAGAGCUACUCCAAUCAACAAUUGUAAUAAAUUGAGACUGGCUUUGAUCA